UUGCGAUUCGGCCUUCUCUCGCGAGGGUUUCAAAAUCGUCGGCCAGUGUCUAUCGGGACGUAUGACAUCGGUGCGGUCGCUGACUCGCGGGACACUACUAGCAGGCUUGGAAAAAUCGUCGCGGGUGUUUUCCAUUUUCCUGAAGGCAGGUUCGGGAACAACGAGGAACUUUUCAAGAUCGGAGUUCGACUUUGGUGGUUAAUUUACUCCCACGUCUUAUUCGCUGCUUGAUUAAUUUUUGUGCGCGCUCUGUCGUCUUGUUGGGCUAGGUGCUGUACGGCUUCACCACGCGGUCGGACGAGGCCACGCCCGGCGUGGUGCCCACGCCCUCCCCCUGGCCCACCCUCAGCCUGGAGCUGGACGCGGCGGCCGCCUGGGGCCGCAAGCUGUACCCCCCCGGUACCACGCCGGCCGGGGCACGGCCGGGCGCCGCUGGGCUCAUGUUCGGCCUGCACCACCACCACCAGGACACGGCUGGUACGGGAGGGCUGCACCACCAUCAGCCCAGGGGACCCAGUCUCAAAGAGGAACCGCUGACGAGGGGCUGGAUGCAGGGAGGUGUGGCCGAUCAGAAUGGAUCGACUGUGGGACGAGCCCAUUUCGAAAAACAGCCGCCAUCAAACUUAAGAAAAUCCAACUUCUUCCAUUUCGUCAUCGCCCUCUACGAUAGGGGAGGACAGCCAAUAGAAAUCGAACGAACCGCAUUCAUCGGUUUCAUCGAAAAAGACCAGGAAGCAGAUGGCCAAAAAACAAAUAACGGUAUUCAAUACAGAUUGCAACUUCUUUUCGCAAAUGGAAUCAGGCAAGAACAGGAUAUCUACGUCAGGCUUAUCGAUUCGGUAACGAAACAGGCUAUUAUCUAUGAAGGUCAAGAUAAGAACCCUGAGAUGUGCCGCGUACUUCUCACACACGAAAUUAUGUGCAGCCGGUGUUGUGACAAAAAGAGCUGCGGCAACCGCAACGAAACCCCUUCAGAUCCUGUGAUAAUUGAUAGAUUCUUCUUAAAAUUCUUCCUAAAGUGCAAUCAAAAUUGCCUGAAAAAUGCGGGCAACCCUAGAGAUAUGAGAAGAUUUCAGGUGGUUAUAUCAACACAAGUGGCAGUGGACGGACCUUUAUUGGCUAUAUCAGACAACAUGUUUGUACAUAACAACUCCAAACAUGGAAGGAGAGCAAAAAGAUUAGACCCGACAGAAGGGCUCUACCCACCCCUGCCAGUCGCAACGCCCUGUAUAAAAGCUAUCAGCCCCAGUGAAGGAUGGACAGCUGGAGGAUCGACGGUCAUCAUCGUUGGAGACAAUUUCUUCGACGGUCUACAAGUCGUUUUUGGAACAAUGCUAGUUUGGAGCGAACUUAUCACGCCCCAUGCAAUUAGAGUACAAACUCCACCCAGACACAUACCUGGUGUUGUAGAAGUAACGUUAUCGUACAAAUCGAAGCAGUUUUGUAAAGGUGCCCCUGGACGAUUUGUUUAUGUUUCACUAAACGAACCAACAAUCGAUUACGGAUUCCAACGACUCCAAAAACUAAUACCGCGACAUCCAGGCGAUCCAGAAAAGCUUCCUAAAGAGAUUAUCCUGAAAAGAGCGGCCGAUCUGGCAGAGGCUCUUUAUUCGAUGCCCAGGAACAAUCAGCUGUCGCUGUCCGCUCCCAGGUCGCCGACGAUGGGCAACAACGGCAUGGCCACGUCGUUCAACGCGUACACUGGACAAUUGGCGGUCAGUGUACAGGACACUGGAAACGAUGAGUACGCGCGCGCGCAAAGCAGCAGCGUCAGCCCGAGGGGUGGCGGCUACUGCUCCAACGCGUCCACUCCUCACUCCUCCAACGGUGGCGGCAGCUACGUGGGCGGCAGCGGGAGCGGGGGCGGCGGAAGUCAGAUGAACGGGUACGGAGGGGCGACUCCCACGAGCACCUCGAUGGGCAACAUGCUGCCGGGCAGUCCGUCGGGGGGAAUUUUCAAUUCAACUCCUAGAAUGUCACUUGUGUCGUCACCUUUCGCCUCUAUGAACCCGUUCGCAUUACCCACAUGUAACGCCCAAGCCUAUGGUUCGGCUGCUCUCGUAGGACCAACGAAAUAACCCGACGAUAUAGCUGACUCUGUGUCCAUUACAGACACAUCUCUAUAGUAUUUUAUCAUCCUGCAAAUUGCGAAAAUGAAAAGUUGGCCUUAGUUAUUGACAAAAAAAACUUUUUUAAUAAAUUACCGCUAUCGAAGAAAACUGUGAGGACGUGGCAACUUUUUAUUUUCGACGAAUCACAUUUUAGUGCAAUUUUUCCUACAAAUUUUGCCAAAGACUUUUUAGAUAUUAAGGAAAGUUAUUUUGUGCUAUCGGUUACCACUCAUUCCUAGUUUUGUAUUUCAUAAUAGCAUUCUUUCAGGGUUACAUAUAGGUAAUUACAUAUAAUUGAAUCAAAAACGAAUCAGAAACUUGAUUUUCAAAAACAAGCUAUAAAUGCUGUAAGCUGUAUAAGAUGCAUCUAUCAACAUUUAUUAACAACAAUAAUUGUUACUGUCAUAAAAAGUAUUUUUUCAUUGGAAGGACUACACAUAUCUCGGACAUUUUUAAGGGGGACAUUUUAACUAAAGAAUAAUUAGUAAUAAUCGGGUAUUUCAAAAAACAUGUGCCAUCUCUCG